AGUCAAUUAUAGUGUCCAAUAGUGUCUCUAGUGUACACGAGAGGAGACCCAUAUUUUCUACAGAAUUCACUGGUUCGAGGGGAUCAUUUCUGGCAUUCUUGAUUGUUAGCUUUCAGUUUUUUCAAAACGAUAAGUUCAUUCGCAACAUUCUUGUUGUGUUAGUUUAUUGAAAGCUACCAUGGCGGAUGCUGCAGCGAGGCAGUUGCAAUAUGAGUAUAAAGCUAAUUCUAAUCUCGUUUUACAAGCUGAUGUGCGACUAAUAGAAAGACGCAGUAGAGAUGAAGCUACUGGGGAGGUUAUGUCACUUGUCGGAAAACUCGAUGGAACGCGUAUGGGUGAUAGAGCACAACGUACUAAACCAGGGAAAGCGGAAGAACGAAAAGUCAAACGUCAGAAGCGAGAUGAAGCACAAUAUGAUUUUGCACGAAUGAAAGGUGCAACAUUGCUUUCUGAAGGUGUAGAUGAGAUGGUUGGAAUUGUGUAUCGCCCAAAAACACAAGAAACACGACAAACAUACGAAGUACUCCUAAGUUUCAUUCAAGAAGCUUUAGGAGAUCAACCAAGAGAUAUUCUCUGUGGUGCUGCUGAUGAAGUAUUAGCAGUGUUGAAAAAUGACAAACUCAAAGAGAAAGAGAAAAAAAAGGAAACAGAAUUACUGUUGGGUUCAUUAGCAGAAGAAAGAUUUGCAUUGUUAGUAAAUCUUGGCAAAAAAAUAACAGAUUUUGGAAAUGAUGAAAAGAAUAUAACGAGUGAAGAAAAUAUUGAUGAGACCUAUGGAAUUAAUGUACAAUUUGAAGAAAGCAGUGAAGAAGAUGAUGAAGAUGUUUAUGGAGAAAUUAGAGAGAAUGAUGAUGAAGGUGACGAAGGUGAAGAAGCUAAUGAUGAUAGAGCUAUUCAUGCUGAAAAUCUGGGCAGUGCAGAAGAAAUGAAAAAAGAGAAACCAUUACAUCCUUUAGAUAUAGAUGCAUAUUGGUUGCAAAGAAGAUUAAGCAGAAUUUAUGAUGAUGCAAUGGUUUCACAAGCAAGAGCUGCAGAAGUAUUAGCUGUUUUGAAAGAUGCUGGUGAUGAUCGUGACUGUGAAAAUCAAUUAGUACUUUUACUUGGUUAUGAUUGCUUCGAUUUUAUUAAACAGCUGAAAAAAUACAGGCAUACUAUUGCUUAUUGUACUAUGUUGGCAUCUUCCCAGUCGGAAUCAGAACGACAAAAAAUUCGGAUUAAAAUGAACGAUGAUCCUGUAUUAGCAAAAAUUUUACGUCAGUUGGAUACAGGUAAAAGUGAUGACGAUGCGGAUGAAACAAUGGAAGCAAGAGCGCAACGUAAAAGAAGAGAAGAAAAUGAAGAUACUGGAGGUCCUGGAGGUCAGGUUCAAGGUACAAGGAAUCUAAUAGAUUUAGAAGAUCUGAUAUUUUCACAAGGUAGUCACUUUAUGGCAAAUAAACGUUGUCAGUUACCUGAUGGAAGUUUCAGAAAACAACGGAAAGGGUACGAAGAGGUUCAUGUCCCUGCUUUAAAACCGAAACCAUUUGCAGAAAAUGAGAAACUUCAUCCUAUUGAUCAAUUACCGAAAUAUGUGCAACCAGCCUUUGAAGGUUUCAAAACUUUAAAUCGUAUUCAAAGUCGGUUGUAUCAAACUGCAUUAGAAAGCGAUGAAAAUUUGUUACUAUGCGCACCAACAGGUGCUGGUAAAACUAAUGUUGCUCUACUAUGCAUGAUGCGUGAAAUUGGAAAACAUAUAAAUGCAGAUGGUACAAUCAACAGUGAUGAAUUCAAAAUAAUUUAUGUUGCACCAAUGCGUUCAUUGGUGCAAGAAAUGGUUGGAACUUUUGGAAAGCGUUUAUCUUCAUAUAACCUAACUGUGUCAGAAUUAACUGGUGAUCAUCAAUUGACUAGAGAACAGAUAGCUGCAACACAAGUCAUAGUGUGUACUCCCGAAAAGUGGGAUAUUAUAACGCGAAAAGGAGGAGAGAAAACUUUUACUUCUUUAGUUAGAUUGAUUAUUAUAGAUGAAAUUCAUUUACUGCACGAUGAGAGAGGCCCUGUUUUAGAGGCUUUGGUCGCUAGAACAAUUAGAAAUAUUGAAACAACACAGGAGGACGUAAGGUUAAUUGGUCUUUCGGCUACGCUACCAAAUUAUCAAGACGUUGCAGCAUUUUUACGUAUAAAGCCAGAAACAGGCUUAUUUUAUUUUGAUAAUAGUUUCAGGCCUGUUGCUUUAGAACAACAAUAUAUAGGUAUCACAGAAAAGAAGGCAUUGAAACGUUUUCAAGUAAUGAAUGAAAUUGUAUAUGAGAAGACGAUGGAACACGCAGGUAGAAAUCAAGUUCUUAUUUUCGUACAUUCACGAAAAGAAACUGGAAAAACAGCACGUGCUAUUAGGGAUAUGUGUUUGGAAAAAGAUACGUUAGGACAAUUUCUUAGAGAAGGUUCUGCAUCCAUGGAGGUUUUAAGAACAGAAGCUGAACAAGUUAAAAAUCAAGAACUGAAAGAUUUGUUACCUUAUGGAUUUGCUAUUCAUCAUGCUGGUAUGACAAGAGUCGAUCGAACAUUGGUCGAAGAUCUUUUUGCUGACAAACAUAUACAAGUUCUAGUAUCCACUGCAACCUUAGCUUGGGGCGUUAAUUUACCGGCGCAUACAGUUAUUAUUAAAGGAACUCAAGUGUAUAAUCCGGAGAAAGGUAGGUGGGUUGAAUUAGGUGCUCUAGAUGUAUUACAAAUGUUAGGCAGAGCUGGCCGACCCCAAUAUGAUACAAAAGGUGAAGGCAUUCUUAUAACGAAUCACAGUGAACUGCAAUACUAUUUGUCUCUUUUAAACCAGCAAUUACCCAUUGAAUCGCAACUGAUCAGUAAAAUGUCAGAUAUGUUAAAUGCAGAAAUUGUAUUAGGUACUAUACAAAAUAUUAGAGAUGCUGUUACCUGGUUAGGAUACACUUACUUAUACAUUAGAAUGCUCCGUUGUCCAAAUUUGUAUGGUAUAAGUCAUGAUAAAUUAAAGGAUGAUCCAUUACUUGAAUUGCAUAGAGCAGAUCUUAUACAUUCCUCUGCAGUGGGCUUGGAUCGCAGUGGUUUAAUUAAAUAUGAUCGAAAGUCCGGAAAUUUUCAGGCUACUGAAUUAGGUCGAAUAGCAUCGCACUAUUAUUGUACACAUGAUACGAUGGCCACAUAUAAUCAGUUAUUGAAACGUACUUUAAGCGAAAUUGAAUUGUUUCGAGUAUUCUCAUUAUCUAGUGAAUUUAAACAUAUAAAUGUUCGAGAAGAAGAGAAAUUAGAGUUGCAGAAGUUAAUGGAGAGAGUACCCAUUCCAGUAAAAGAAAGCAUAGAAGAAGCAAGUGCAAAAGUUAAUGUACUUUUACAAGCAUACAUUUCUCAGUUAAAGCUUGAAGGAUUUGCUCUUAUGUCUGAUAUGGUAUUUGUUACACAAUCUGCAUCGAGAUUAAUGAGAGCAAUUUUUGAGAUUGUUUUGUUUCGCGGCUGGGCACAAUUAGCUGACAAGUGUUUAUCAUUGUGUAAAAUGAUAGAUAGGAGAAUGUGGCAGUCGAUGUCCCCACUUCGACAAUUCCGAAAAAUGCCAGAGGAAAUUGUGAAGAAAAUAGAAAAGAAAAAUUUUCCAUGGGAAAGAUUGUACGAUCUUGGACCAAAUGAAAUUGGGGAAUUGAUUCGAGUACCUAAAUUCGGUAAAACUGUUCAUAAAUAUAUUCAUCAGUUUCCGAAACUGGAAUUAUUAACACACAUUCAACCGAUAACACGCUCCACAUUAAGAGUAGAACUAACUAUUACACCUGACUUUCAAUGGGAUGAGAAGGUACACGGCGCCUCAGAAGCGUUUUGGAUUCUAGUUGAAGACGUGGAUUCUGAAGUAAUACUUCAUCACGAAUACUUUUUAUUAAAAGCUAAAUAUGCGGCGGAUGAGCACUUAAUUAAAUUUUUUGUGCCAGUUUUUGAACCUCUACCACCGCAAUAUUUUUUACGGGUUGUAUCAGAUAGAUGGAUUGGAGCGGAAACUCAAUUACCUGUUAGCUUUCGUCACUUAAUUCUUCCAGAAAAAAAUUUACCACCCACUGAAUUGCUCGAUUUGCAGCCGCUUCCCAUUACUGCUUUACGUAAUUCCAAAUUUGAAAGUAUCUACACAGAUAAAUUUCCACAAUUUAAUCCAAUUCAGACACAAGUGUUUAAUGCUGUUUAUAAUUCAGACGACAAUAUUUUUGUUGGAGCACCUACAGGUUCGGGAAAAACAACUAUAGCUGAAUUCGCAGUAUUGCGUUUACUCAUUCAGAAUUCGGAAGGCAGAUGUGUGUACAUGGUUAGUAAAGAAGCUUUAGCAGAAUUGGUUUAUGCUGAUUGGUCAACAAAAUUCAAUCAACACUUGGGCAGAAAAGUGGUUUUACUGACUGGUGAAACAGGAACAGACCUUAAGUUGCUUGCGAAAGGGCAAAUUAUAAUUACGACUGCGGAUAAAUGGGACGUACUAUCCCGUAGAUGGAAACAAAGAAAAAAUGUGCAAAAUGUUCAACUAUUUAUUGUUGAUGAACUUCAAUUAAUUGGUGGUGAAGAAGGGCCUGUAUUAGAAAUUGCAUGCUCGAGAGCACGUUAUAUUUCUUCACAGUUAGACAAACCAACCAGAAUUAUAGCAUUAUCAGCAUCACUUGCAGAUGCUAAAGACGUAGCUCAAUGGUUAGGCGCACCUGCCGCUGCAACUUUUAAUUUCCAUCCGUCUGUUCGACCUGUACCCUUAGAAUUACAUGUACAAGGGGUAAAUAUUACUCAUAAUGCAUCCAGAUUGGCUGCUAUGGCAAAACCAGUAUACAAUGCAAUACUGCGGUAUGCUUCUCACAAACCAGUUAUUGUUUUUGUACCUACUCGCCGUCAAGCUAGAUUAACAGCUAUUGAUCUAUUGACCUUCACUGCAGCCGAAGGGCAACCUUCUCGAUUCUUCCAUGCAGAAGAAGCUGAUAUUAAACCAUUCCUUGAUAGGAUGACUGAUAAAACAUUAAAAGAAACACUUUCACAAGGAGCUGCUUAUCUUCAUGAAGGAUUAUCUGCUGAUGAUCGACGUCUCGUUGAACAACUCUUUGACAGCGGCGCUAUCCAAAUAGCAAUUGUUACGAGAGAUCUUUGUUGGGAUUUAUCUAUUAACUCUCACCUUGUAGUUGUUAUGGACACUCAGUGUUAUAAUGGUAAAACUCAUGCCUACGAAGAUUAUCCUAUUACAGAUGUCUUGCAAAUGGUAGCUCGAGCAAAUCGUCCAUUAGAAGAUGAUGAUGCGAAAUGUGUCCUCCUCUGUCAGAGCUCAAAGAAAGAUUUUUUUAAGAAAUUUUUGAACGAACCUCUACCUGUAGAAAGCCAUUUGGAUCACAGACUGCACGAUCAUUUUAAUGCUGAAAUAGUAACAAAAACAAUCGAGAAUAAGCAAGAUGCAGUUGAUUAUCUCACAUGGACUUUCUUAUAUAGACGACUUACACAAAAUCCAAAUUACUAUGGCUUGCAAGGUGUCACGCAUAGGCAUUUAUCGGAUCAUUUAUCUGAAUUGGUAGAAAGCACUUUAAGUGAUUUAGAACAAGCAAAAUGUGUUGCUGUGGAAGAUGAAAUGGAUACCCUGCCUUUAAAUCUUGGAAUGAUUGCAGCUUAUUAUUAUAUUAACUAUGCAACAAUUGAAUUAUUUAGUCUUUCUUUAAAUAACAAAACCAAAAUCAGAGGUUUAUUGGAAAUUAUUUCAGCAGCUGCUGAAUAUGAAACUGUACCGGUUAGACAACGAGAGGAAAAUUUAUUACGAAGUUUAGCAGCGCGUCUUCCACAUGCUCCACAAGCUACGAGAAUGGCUGAUCCUCAUGUAAAAGCCCAGCUUUUGUUACAAGCACACUUAUCUCGAAUACAACUUGGACCAGAGCUUCAAAAAGAUACAGAGUUAGUGUUAAGCAAAGCUGUUAGAUUAAUACAAGCUUGUGUUGAUGUUCUUAGUUCAUCUGGAUGGUUAGCGCCUGCAGUUGCUGCUAUGGAACUGGCACAAAUGGUCACCCAAGCAAUGUGGUCUAAAGACUCUUAUUUAAAACAAUUACCACAUUUUACGUCUGAAACAAUUAAACGUUGCACUGAUAAAGGAGUAGAAACUGUAUUUGAUGUAAUGGAAUUGGAGGAUGAUGACAGGAAUCGUCUUUUGCAAUUAUCUGAAACACAAAUGGCAGACGUUGCUAAAUUCUGUAAUCGUUACCCUAAUAUAGAAAUGUCAUAUGAAGUUCAGGAUAAAGAUAAGCUGCGCAGUGGUGGCACAGUAAACGUUGUUGUUCAGCUUGAAAGAGAAGAUGAAGUGACUGGGCCAGUUGUGGCACCGUUUUUCCCACAGAAGCGUGAAGAGGGCUGGUGGGUGGUUAUUGGUGAUCCAAAGACUAAUUCUUUGCUAUCUAUUAAGAGAUUAACAUUACAACAGAAAGCAAGGGUUAAACUUGAUUUUGUAGCUCCUGCUCCUGGGCAACACUCCUAUACUUUGUAUUUUAUGAGUGAUGCUUAUUUGGGUUGCGACCAAGAAUAUAAAUUUACCAUAAAUGUAGAAGAGUAUGAAUCUGAUGCAAGUUCAGAAUCAGAGUCAGAUUGA